AUGACGAUCUCCCUGAAAAUCAACAUUGUGGAGAGCAGCGUGACCAAGACCUUGCAUUUCCAGCAGACCAUGCAGGUCUAUGAUGCCUGUAAAUUCAUCUGGGAGAAAGCCUCUGAAUCAGUGCCUAAUCUUGGUGAUGUAAAAGACUAUGGGCUCUUCUUGUCUGAUGAUGAUCCCAAAAAGGGUGUAUGGUUAGAAUCUGCACGCACACUCGACUACUACAUGCUGCGUGAUGGGGACAUGCUGGAGUAUCGAAAGAAGUUUAGAAAAGUGAAGAUUCGGAUGUUGGAUGGAACCGUGAAAACUAUGAUGGUGGAUGACAGCCAGCAUGUCGCCAAUCAGAUGGUGGUCAUUUGCACUAAAAUUGGAAUCACAAAUCACGACGAAUAUUCCCUGGUAAGAGAGAAAGAAGACGAAGAGAAUGAAAGGCCCCAGCCCCCAUCAAAUUUUGGCACUCUUACCUUGAGAAGACGCAAGGAAGGAGACAAAGAGAUUGAUCCCAAAAUGGAACAACUCAAGAAGAAACUCAAGACCGACGAUGAAAUCAAUUGGGUGGAUCACAGCAAGACCCUGAGGGAGCAGGGCAUAGACGAAUCCGAGACCCUCCUUCUCAAACGGAAGUACUUCUUCUCCGACCGAAACAUCGACGAGCGAGAUCCGGUGCAGUUGAACCUCCUCUACGUUCAAUGCCGAGAUGCCAUCAUCGACGGAACUCACCCCGUGACACAAGACAAGGCCUUCCAGUUUGCCGGUCUCCAAUGUCAGGUUCAGUUUGGAAAUCACGACGAGACGAAGCAUCGCCCUGGACUCUUCGAUGUGCGUGAGUUUUUGCCUCACUCAUAUACGAAGCUGAAGAACGGUGAGAAACGAAUAUUCGUUGAGCACUUGAAGCACAAAGGAAUCACCGACGUAGAGGCGAAAGUGCGCUACACCAAACUCGCACGCUCCUUGCCGACAUAUGGCGUAGCUUUCUUCCUCGUCAAGGAAAAGAUGAAAGGUAAGAAUAAGCUGGUGCCCCGCCUCUUGGGCGUAACCAAGGAAUCAGUGCUGCGAUUGGAUGAGAAGACAAAGGAAACAUUGAAGGAUUACCCACUAACAUCCGUCAAACGUUGGGGAGCGUCUCCAAAUACCUUCACGCUGGACUUUGGUGACUACUCUGAAGGCUAUUAUUCUGUCCAGACCACUGAGGGAGAGCAGAUCUCCCAGCUUAUUUCUGGAUAUAUUGAUAUCAUCCUCAAAAAGAGGAAGGACAAGGAUCACAUUGGCAUUGAAGGAGAUGAAGGGAGCACAAUGGUUGAGGAAAGUGUUUCACCCCUGAGGGCAACGAUGAUACAGCACCAAUCUCUCCAGGAAGGCACUCGCAUCAGCACCGACAGUGUGGCCAAACCAGCUGUAGUCCGAGAUGCUGGAGGAGAGCAUACUUAUGGUCGGGGUCACAUGAGCCCUGCUCAGCAUGGAAUGACCCAUGGACAGGUAUCCAUCUCUCAUCGCUCACCCCCGGCUCCAUUGAGCCCCCAGUAUGCAAUGCUGAGUGAGCCACAGAGAGCUCUGAAGUCGACCAUCUCAAGUGGUCAAGAAGCGAUUCGUCGGGCAGAACGGGAUCUGGAGACUCGAGCUGAAAUUCCUGAGUUAGGAACAGAUCCUGCAUCACGCAAGUGGCGACAGGUGACCCUUGACACAAACAAGCAGAAUGUGAGGUCUCAACUGGCUGCCAUGAAUGCUGCCACUGCUCAGGCUGUUACUCUCACUGGAGCGGAUGAAGUGGACCACAAUGCUGUUGGUGCUGCCAUCAGCACAAUCACAUCAAAUCUCCCUGAGAUGACAAAGGGUGUGAAGAUGAUAGCUGCUCUCAUGGGUGAUGACAGGCAAGGAGAUGGUCUCAUUGAAGCCACCCGAAAACUUUGUGCUGCUUUCUCUGACCUCCUACGGGCAGCAGAACCUGAAGCUAAGGAGCCAAGACAGAAUCUGCUUGGAGCAGCCAGCAGAGUUGGGGAGGCAUCUCACAAGGUGCUCUCAACCAUACAAGAAGAGGAUGCUGUUGAUUCAGAGGUCCAGGACAUUCUCCUUGGACUGGCAAAAGCAGUUGCCAAUGCCACUGCUGCUCUUGUGCUCAAAGCCAAGAAUGUGGCUUCAACAGCAGACGACCAGGACCUGCAGAACCGCAUUAUUGCUGCUGCAACUCAGUGUGCCUUGGCCACAUCACAACUUGUUGCUUGUGCAAAGGUAGUAGCACCAACAAUAGAUGACAGGGCAUGUCAAGAACAGCUGAUUGAGGCUGCAAAAAGCAGUGCAAGGGCUGUUGAAGGAGUAGUUGCAUCAUGUCAGGAUGCUACAGGUGCGGAUGAGAGGCUUCUGCUUGACUUGGGUGCAGCUGCAUCUGAAGUCACACGUGCUCUUAAUGACCUCCUCAACCACAUCAAAAUGGGAGGUCGAGUUCGGGUCAAGGAGUCGAUGGAGGAGGGAGCAGUAGAUCGGAUCCUGAGUGCAUCUGAUAAAUUAAUUUCCAGCACUGGAGAUUCAGGAGAGAUGGUCAGGCAGGCAAGAAUCCUUGCCCAAGCCACAGCUCAACUCAUCCAAGCUAUCAAGGGAGAGGCAGACACAGUGACUGAUUCGGAUAUGAAAAAUCACCUGUUGACUGCAGCCAAGAUUUUGGCAGAUGCUACUGCACGUAUGGUUGAAUGUGCUAAGGCCUGUGCCUCUCAUCCAGAUGACAUUGAGCAUCAAAUGGCAUUGAAGCAAGCUGCUGAGAAUGUUAGGAAUGCAACCAACAUGGCUGCCAGCAAUGCACUGAAGAAGAAGCUGAUGAAGCGCCUUGAAAAUGCAGCCAAACAUGCAGCAGCAGCAGGGACCCAGUGCAUCUCAGCAUCUCAGGCUUCUGGUCCACACAACACCAACCAGGCUUCACAGGUUGAGAUGAUGCAAGAUUGUCGGGAAGUGGCUGAUCAUAUCCCCAAGUUGGUGCAGGGUGUGAAGGAAUCCAUGAAUCGUCCUCAUGAUGCUAAUGCCCAGCUCAAUCUAAUCGAUGCUUCUCAGCAAUUUCUCUUGCCUGGAGACAAGUUAGUAGCUUCCACCAAAUCCGUAUUGCCAACGGUGCAGGAUCAGGCAUGUCAUCUGCAGUUGAGCACUAGCAGUAAGCAGCUUGGAUCAGCCCUGGGUGACCUGCGUUCUGCUGUGACCCGAGCCCAAGAGGUCUGUGGCUCUCUUGAGCUGGAUGCUGCCCUUGAGCUCAUACGAGGGUUGGAUAUAGAGUUGGAGGAGUUCCAUAAGGCUGCACAAAUGGGGCAACUCAAGCCUCUUCCUGGGGAAACUCCAGAAUCCACUGCUCUUCAUCUUGGAACAAGCUCAAAAUCUGUAGGAUCUGCAAUGGCCGGUCUCCUAACAGCAGCAUCGCAGGCUGAUGAACAUUAUACAGGAAAGGCAGCCCGAGAUACUGCUCAUUCUCUGCAAGACCUGGCUGAUGCUGUCCGAGGUGUGGCUGCCACAUCCAAUGACCGCUUUAUUCAAGAUCGGGUGAUACAAGAGGCCCAUCAGGUCAUGCACCAGAGCAUGGAGUUGAUUGAAGAAGCUCGCAAUGCUGUUAGAGAUCCACAUUUUCCAGACAACCAGCAGAGAUUGAAUACCAUGGCUCGAAUGAUUUCACAGAGCCUGAGUAAGUGUGUGAAUUGCUUGCCUGGACAAAAGGAUGUGGAUGAAGCUAUCCAUGCUGUGAGCAGUGCAUCACAAGGACUUGAUUCCUCUUAUUUCCCUCCUACAAAAAAGAGCUUCAGUGAGUUGCAGUCUGAGUUGGCAAUGAUGGCAGCCCAGUUGAAUGAUGCCUCAACUGAGGUGGUCCAGACAGCCAAAUCCCCAUCACAGCUGGCACAGAGCAGCAAGAUUUUCUCAACAGCAUUCACUGACCUCUUGAGUGUUGGCCUAGAAAUGUCUGGUCUGACCAUGGACAAGAUAGUCCAGCGAGAGAUGAUCAACACAAUGAGAUCAGUGUCAACGUCUUCAUCUCGUUUGUUGCAUGCAGCCAAGACGUUCUCAGCUGACCCUAAUGCCCCUAAUGCUAAGAAUGCACUCCUGAGUGCAGCUCGUGCAUUGACAGAAAGCAUAAAUGCCCUCCUGGAUGUCUGCACAAGUGCUGCUCCUGGUCAGAAAGAAUGUGAAAAUGCCAUCCGCAACAUUCAGUCCAUGCGACAUGUCCUUGACAAUCCAAUUGAACCCAUUAAUGAUUCCUCCUACUUUGACUGCCUUGACACAGUGAUGGAGAAGUCAAAGAGUCUUGGUGAUGGGAUGGCUGGGAUUGCAAAUCAUGCCAAGAAGUCAGAGCAUGCAGAGUUCAAUGUGUCAGUGUCCAAUGUGAGCAGUUCUAUUUGUGGCUUGAUUGAGGCAGCUGCCCAGGCUGCAUAUCUCGUUGGAGUGUCAGAUCCCUCAAGCACAGCAGGCCGACCAGGGAUAAUCGAUCAGAACAGCCUUGCUCGCUCAGCACAGGCAAUCCAUGCUGCCUGCCAGCCCCUUAUGUCUGAGAAUACAACCCAGCAAGGGAUCUUGGAAUCAGCCACUGUGAUUGCCAAACACACUGGAGUCUUAUGCAAUGCCUGUCGCAUGGCAUCUUCUAAGACCACCAAUCAGGUUGCCAAGCGCCAGUUUGUACAAUCAGCCAAGGAUGUUGCCAAUGCUACCUCUGCUCUUGUAAAAGAUAUCAAAGCAUUGGAUCAGGAUAACAGUGAAGCCAACCGUCACAGAUGUGCUGAAGCAACCCGCCCUCUCCUGGAAGCAGUGGACAACUUGGUUGCAUUUGCAUCUUCACCUGAAUUUGUCUCAAUCCCUGCACGCAUCUCACCCAAAGCUCGAGCAUCUCAGGAACCAAUCAUUAGUUCUGGGAAGUCUAUCAUCUCGGGUUCCACAUCUAUGAUUCAGGCUGCCAAGCAGUUGGCCAUCAAUCCAAAAGAUCCUCCCACUUGGCAGGCAUUGGCCAAUCACAGCAAGAGUGUGUCUGACUCCAUCAAGAAACUUGUCUCUUCUAUUCGGGAUAAAGCCCCUGGUCAGCGCGAAUGUGACUCUGGUAUUGAGUCCUUGAAUCGCUGCAUCCAAGAGCUAGAUCAAGCCUCACUCUCAGCUAUUUCCCAAAAUCUUGCUCCUCGAAAAGAGAAUUCCCUACAGGGCUUCACAGAGCAGAUGGUUGGAGCUGCCCGUGAGAUCCUGAAUCGAAUUGAACCCGUUCGCCAAUCUGCUAAGGGCGAAGCUGAAACCUUAGGCCAUCAUGUGACACAGCUGGUGAGCUAUUUUGGUCCCCUGACAUCAAGUGCUAUUGGAGCAUCAUCCAACAUGCUGCAUUCAAAGCAGCAGACAGGCUUGUUGGACCACACCAAGACUGUUGGUGAAUGUGCUCUUCAGCUCAUCUAUGCUGCUAAGGAAGGAGCAGGAAACUCAAAGGUGACGCAUGUGCAUGCUGAGAUUGAUGAGAGUGUGGAGAGCCUGAAAGAGGCAGUGGGUGAUCUUAUGGUGACACUUGAGCAACUGGCUACUGCAGCAGGUAUGGUCACCACCCUCAUUGACCAGAUCACAACUGCCAUGCAACACAUUGACGAUCAUGUGCUUGGAGAGUUCCGAGAUGAUCUCAGUUUUGUGGAUUACCAAACUCAACUGGUUGAAUUAGCCAAGCAGAUUGCUCGUACUGCACAGGAUAUGAUGGGAAAGUCAACAAGUGAUGUUAGUGAACUGGCAACAGUUGCAGCUCGUUUGGCUCACUUCUAUGUUGCACUCCUGCAUGAGACUAAAGGAGCUUUGUUGAGCACAACAAGUCCUGAGCUUGCAUCUCGUAUCCGAUCCUCGGUGAUUGAACUUGGUCAAGCCUGCAUCCAGUUGAUCAAGGCUGGUGGGAAUCUUCAGGGCUCCCCUCAUGACUCCUUUGCUCAGCGAGAUCUUGCUGAGAGUGCUCGGCAGGUCUCAGAAAAGGUUUCUCAAGUGCUUGCAGCAUUGCAAGCAGGCUCCCGAGGAACACAGGCAUGCAUCAAUGCAGCAAGCACAGUAUCUGGAAUCAUUGGAGACCUGGAUACAACCAUCAUGUUUGCAACAGCUGGGACACUGAAUCCUGAAGUGGAGGAUGAUGCCUUUUCCAACCAUCGGGAUAACAUCCUGAAGACUGCCAGGGCCCUUGUUGAGGAUACCAAGACUCUUGUUACUGGAGCUGCUUCAUCUCAGGAACAGCUGGCAGUGGCUGCCCAGAAUGCUGUGGCCACAAUUUUACAGCUGGCUGAUGUUGUGAAACUUGGAGCAGCCUCUCUCACCUCCAACAAUUCAGAAGCACAGGUACUGCUGAUCAAUGCUGUGAAGGAUGUGGCAUCUGCUCUCGGAGACCUGAUUCAGUCCACAAAAUGUGCUGCUGGCAAGAACAUCCAAGAUCCUGCCAUGGUCAACUUGAAGGAAUCAGCCAGGAUGAUGGUGAACAAUGUGACAUCCCUGCUCAAGACUGUCAAGUCUGUAGAAGAUGAGCACACACGAGGGACACGAGCCCUUGAGUCAACCAUUGAAGCCAUAGCGCAAGAAAUUCGGGCAUUCAAUUCAUCAGAUCCUCCAACAAAACGUGCCAACCCAGAAGACCUUGUCAGAGCUACAAAACCUAUCACUCUGGCUACAGCCAAGGCUGUGGCUGCAGGGAAUUCUUGCAAGCAGGAUGAUGUUAUUGUUGCUGCCAACAUGGGAAGGAAAGCCAUCUCUGACAUGCUCACUGUCUGCAAAGGUGCAGCUUGGGGUGCUGAAAGCAUUGAAAUUCGGGAAAGAGCUCUGGCAGCAGGCCGAAACUGUGCCUCUGAGUACCGGGAGCUUCUGCAGCGAGUGAUGCAGAUACUUAUUAAGCCAACAGCAGAGAGCAAACAGGUGCUGCCAUCAGUAUCACGGAAUCUGGCAGCACAUGUGACAGAACUGGUGAGUGUUGCCCAGUUGCUGAAGGGCAGUGACUGGGAAGAUCCUGACGACCCAACCGUGAUUGCUGAGAACGAGCUUCUUGGAGCUGCCAAGUCCAUUGAUGCAGCAGCCAAGAAACUGGCCAGUCUUCGACCAAGGCGAUCUGUCCAGGAAGCAGAUGAGUCACUAAACUUUGAUGAGAUGAUCCUUGAGGCAGCCAAGAGCAUUGCUGCUGCCACUUCAGCUCUUGUUAAGGCUGCAUCAUCUGCACAACGGGAGCUUAUUGAGCAAGGAAAGAUCAGUCGUCGACCUCACUACACUUCAGAAGAUGGGCAGUGGUCUGAUGGCCUGAUUUCUGCUGCCAGGCUGGUUGCUGCUGCAACCCAUAGUCUUUGCGAGGCUGCCAAUGCCCUUGUCCAAGGCCAUUCAACAGAGGAGAAGCUGAUCUCGGCUGCCAAGCAGGUGGCUUCUUCCACAGCUCAACUCCUGGUUGCUUGCAAGGUCAAGGCCGACCCAGACAGUCCUGCCAUGAAACGACUCCAGGCUGCUGGAAAUGCUGUGAAGAAGGCAACUGACAAUCUGGUGAAGGCAGCACAGCAGGCCAUAGCACAGGAGGAAGAACGAAACCUAUACAUCAAUACCAGGAUGGUUGGAGGGAUUGCUCAGGAGAUCAAUGCCCGCUCAGAGAUGCUGCGAUUGGAGAAGGAGUUGGAGGAUGCGCGAACACGCCUUGCUCAGAUCCGCAAGGCCAAAUACCGUGGAGAUGAUAGUGGAGCCAGCGACUGGGAUGGAUAUGAUUCUUCAUAUGAGGGAUACAGUCAAUCAACGUCCUUCAACCAAUCUUCUUUGUUUGACCAGAGCCAGAAGAAGUCUUCCCUGGACCAGACUCAGUCUUCGUAUGGUCAACCCUUGGGCCAGAGUUCUCCAUUGCAGGUGAUUGCAGGUGGUGGAGGUGGAAGUCCUAAGAGUCCUAGGAGUCCUGUUAGUCCCCCUCCCCCACCUCCACCCCCACAUCAGUCUCUCCCAGUACCCCAAUCGACCAUUGCCACAUUCACGACAUUUGGCCGCCCGUCGUUCAAUGCCACGCCACGCCCCUUCAAUGUACAGCAGAUCUAUCAGCAGCAGCAACCACAUCACAUUCAACAGCUUGUGCAAUCGGAUGAGUCGAGCAUCAUCGAUUCCCCGAUGCAAAGUGUUUCUGCCAGUCGGUCGAUGUUCGAGCGAUCGCCCGAGGACUUGAUCACGGGCUCGAGUCAGAAGAUUGAGCGAACCUACCGUAUGGUGAAGAGCAGCUCGAGCACCACCUCUCAGGUCAGACACACCUGAGGUGGAGAAAACAAGAGCAUGAAGUUCAUUUUUCUCCCUCCCCCCCUCC